CACUUUCUGACUGUGCUCGGAUAUAUUGUAUAAAUGUGUUUGUUUUAACUUAUUAGAAGUAAUGGACAAUACAGAAAAAUGGACAUUGUUCAGACCAGUUUUAAUAGUUUGAUACUGAAGCCUUUAAGGAGUGACAGCAGCCUACAGACACACAGGACUGAUGGAGAAACAGCAGAGGAUUUAAUCAGCUUAUUCCACUCGGAUGAAUGAAGCUCUUUUGCUCAACAGACCUGAUCCAGACAGCAAAGAGCUGCAGAGAGAAGACAGUCAUGGGGAGAAUCUGAAUGAAGGUAGAAAGUGUUUGUGACUGAUGUGGAUGUGACUUCAGCAGCAUGGAUCAGAGUGAGGACAGAGAGGAGGGAGUCCCUCCCUCUAAAAGCUCUCUGUGUGAGGAACAUGACAGCCAGACUGAAGCUCAGAGAAGUACAAGGAGGCAGCAGAGACCUGCUGAACCUGGACCUGAAUCCAGCUGUGUGUCGUUAAAGAGCAACAACUCAAAAGACGCUGUUAUUGACUUUAAACAAAGAGAUUCAUCUGACAAAAUUAUACAUCAGAGACCAGACUGUCCUGGACCUGAACACAGCUGUUUGUCCCUCAAGAGUGACCGCUCCCUGGAUGCUGUUAUUGACUUUAAACAAAUACAUCAAAAAGUGGACCAGGAGAGCUCAGAGGUUCCCAGUGGUCAGUCUGCCCAGCAGCAUCAAACACACCUGGACUCCAUAUUUAUGCUGCUGGAGGAGAACAUUGUCACUUUUGUGAAGAACGAGCUGAAGAACAUGCAGAAGGUUCUGAGUCCAGAUUACACAGAAUGCUCAGAGAGUCAGAGGGAAGAUGAGGAGGUGUUGGACGGUGAGGAGAAAGAGCAGAGGAGGAGCAGCAGAGAUGCAUUUCUGAAGAUCACACUGCACUUCCUGAGGAGAAUGAAGCAGGAUGAGCUGGCUGACUGUCUGGAGAUCAGAACUCGUGCUGACAGGUGUCAGCGUAAAUUUAAGUCUAACCAGCAGCAGAAGUUCCAGUGUCUGUUUGAGGGGAUCACUAAAGCAGGAAACCCAACCCUUUUGAAUCAGAUCUACACACCGCUCUACAUCACAGAGGGAGGGACUGCAGAGGUCAAUGAUCAACAUGAGAUCAGACAGAUUGAAACAGCAUCCAGGAAACCAGUCAGACCAGAAACUCCAAUCAGACAUGAAGACAUUUUCAAAGCCCCACCUGGAAGAGAUGAACCAAUCAGAACAGUGAUGACAAAGGGAGUGGCUGGCAUUGGGAAAACAGUCUUAACACAGAAGUUCACUCUGGACUGGGCUGAAGACAAAGCCAACCAGGACAUACACUUCACAUUUCCAUUCACUUUCAGAGAGCUGAAUGUGCUGAAAGGGAAAAGGUACAGCUUGGUGGAACUUGUUCAUCACUUUUUUCCUGAAACCAAAGAAGCAGGAAUCUGCAGGUUUGAAGAGUUCCAGGUUGUGUUGAUCUUUGACGGUCUGGAUGAGUGUCGACUUCCUCUGGACUUCCACAACAAUGAGAUCCUGACUGAUGUUACAGAGUCCACCUCAGUGGAUGUGCUGCUGACAAACCUCAUCAGGGGGAAACUGCUUCCCUCUGCUCGCCUCUGGAUAACCACACGACCUGCAGCAGCCAAUCAGAUCCCUCCUGAGUGUGUUGGCAUGGUGACAGAGGUCAGAGGGUUCACUGACCCACAGAAGGAGAAGUACUUCAGGAAGGGGUUUAGAGAUAAGAGGCAGGCCAGCACCAUCAUCUCCCACAUCAAGACAUCAAGAAGCCUCCACAUCAUGUGCCACAUCCCAGUCUUCUGCUGGGUCACUGCUACAGUUCUGGAGGAUAUGUUGAGAAGCAGAGAGGGAGGAAAGCUGCCCAAGACCCUGACUCAGAUGUACAUCCACUUCCUGGUGGUUCAGUCCAAACUGAAGAACAUCAAGUAUGAUGGAGGAGCUGAGACAGAUCCACACUGGAGUCCAGAGAACAGGAAGAUGAUUGAGUCUCUGGGAAAACUGGCUUUUGAGCAGCUGCAGAAAGGCAACCUGAUCUUCUAUGAAUCAGACCUGACAGAGUGUGGCAUCGAUAUCAGAGCAGCCUCAGUGUACUCAGGAGUGUUCACACAGGUCUUUAAAGAGGAGAGAGGUCUGUACCGGGACAAGGUGUUCUGCUUCGUCCAUCUGAGUGUUCAGGAGUUCCUGGCUGCUCUUCAUGUCCAUCUGACAUUCAUCAACUCUGGAGUCAAUCUGUUGGCAGAAGAACAAACAACCUCCCAGAAGUCUGUAAGUAAAGCCGAAUCUUCAGAGACACGUUUCUACCAGAGUGCUGUGAACGAGGCCUUAAAGAGUCGAAAUGGACACUUGGACUUGUUCCUCCGCUUCCUCCUGGGUUUUUCACUGAAGACCAAUCAGAAUCUCCUACGAGGCCUUCUGACACAGACAGGAAGAAGCUCAAAGACCAAUGAGGACACAGUUGAGUACAUCAAUAAGAAGAUCAGUAAGAAUCUGUCUGCAGAGAGAAGCAUCAAUCUGUUCCACUGUCUGAAUGAACUGAAUGAUCGUUCUUUGGAGGACGAGAUCCAACAGUAUCUGAAAUCAGGAAGUCUGUCCACAGAUGGACUGUCUCCUGCUCAGUGGUCAGCUCUGGUCUUCAUCUUACUGUCAUCAGAAAAACAUCUGGACGUGUUUGACCUGAAGAAAUACUCUGCUUCAGAGGAGGCUCUUCUGAGGCUGAUGCCAGUGGUCAAAGCCUCCAAGAAAGCUCUGCUGGGUGGCUGUAACCUCUCAAAGAGAAGCUGUGCAGCUCUGUCCUCAGUUCUCAGUUCCCAGUCCUCUAGUCUGAGAGAGCUGGACCUGAGUAACAACAACUUGCAGGAUUCAGGAGUGAAGCAGCUUUCUGCUGGACUGGAGAGUCCAUAUUGUAAACUGAAAACUCUCAGCCUGUCAGGAUGUCUGAUCACAAAGGAAGGCUGUGCUUCUCUGGCCUCAGCUCUGAGCUCCAACCCCUCCCAUCUGAGAGAGCUGGACCUGAGAUACAAUCAUCCAGGAGACUCAGGAAAGAAGCUCCUAUCUGUGGUUCUGGAGGAUCCUAACUGUAGAAUGGACACACUCAGGGUGGACAAUGGUGGAGUCUCCAGGCUGAAACCAGGUCUGCAGAAGUAUGCCUGUGAACUUGUAAUGGACCCAAAAACAUCACACAGAAACCUCUUCCUGUCUGACAACAACAGAAAAGUGACAGCAGUGAGACAGGAGGAGUCAUAUUCUGAUCAUCCAAAGAGAUUCAACCACUGGAAACAGCUGCUGUGUAAAGAUGGUCUGACUGGUCGCUGUUACUGGGAGGUGGAGAGGAGAGGAGAAGCUCACAUAGCAGUGACAUACAAAGGAAUCAGAAAGAGGGGAGACAGUAAACUCGGUUUUCUUGGAGGGAAUUCUCUUUCCUGGAGUCUGAAAUGCUCUGAUGAUGGGUACUCUGCCAUUCACAAUAACAAAGAGACACCUUUACGUCCUCCCUACUCUCUGUCUAACAGACUUGCAGUGUAUCUCGACUAUCCUGCAGGCACUCUGUCUUUCUACGGAUUCUCAUCUGGCACACUGGUCCACCUCCACACCUUUUACGCCACAUUCACUGAGCCUGUCUACCCUGCAUUUGGGUUCAAGUCUGGUGAUACGUUUGGGUAUUUUGGUCCCUCAGUGUCUCUGUGUCAGCUGUGAGUGGCAGAGUCAACUCCUGUGUAGAGA